CUGAUCGCAGUUUAGGGCGCUUGAGAAGGGGAAGAGGGAGCUGCCGCUGUUUGUGCUGCUUGCGCCUCAAUCGCUUCGAUUUUGGGGAUGGAGGAUAAGAAUGUGGGUGUGAAUCCUUGCGGGGGCAGCAAUGCCGCCAGUAUGAUCGCCGAGAAGAAAGAAGGCGCGCAACAAGAUUCUCCCUCGACGCUGCGCGAUGUUGCCGAGGGAGGGCUUUCGGGUCAGCAGCAAGCUCUUAAAACUUCGUCCAAGGCAUAUGAUCCAUACACAGGAGUGCUGGUUGAUUCUCAGGUUGGAAUGGUGACUUCUCUAGAUGAAAGUCUCGAAGGAGUAGAUCCAAAACAGAAAGAGCAGGGUGGUAAAUUAUUUUUGUUCUAUCUCCACAUCUUGAAAAACCGCCUAUGUUCAGAUAAAGCAGCGCAGCGCUUAGAGAAGUUGGAAGAUCCGUCCUGCGAUGACAGUAGAAUGAGCGCCCGGAUUAAAGUUCAUGGCUCUGCCACCAGUCCGUUUGCUGCUCAAAACGAUGGAUCGGAACCCGCAACUGAUAUAAGAUCUUUGCCAGUCUCAGCAGCGACAAUGAGCAUGCUGCAGAGAGUUGUGACAGCAGGUCUCACUGAAACCGCCGAUCUCUCGCUGAAGGACAUGGCUGCUUGCGCAUUUGGAGUGGUCGAUAGCCACACGGAGGCGAUCGUAAGCACUGUUCCUCCUUGUACUCCAGGCCGAGCGAACAACUCCGGGAUGGUUCCUGGCGCCGAUAUAACGGAGCUCCCUACAACCUCGACAUUGUUAAAGAAGACGCAUAUCAUCCCAGACUUGCUAGACAGUGUGGAGGAGAAUGGAUUUUUUCUGGAGAUAGCCUUCGGCAACUUCCAGGUUUUUAAUGGAAUUAUCAUCGACCGAGAAGUAAUGCACGGACCACCGUCCGUAAGAGUGGUAGAAAGAUCUGGUGGAUCGAAUUCCAGGCCAAGCUUGUUCUUGCUGCUACUCGUGGAGCUCGAAGCCGGUGGAGAAGAUUACUUGCAGUGGAUGGUCUUGAAAUCUCUUCAAACUGGCUUUGAACACGAAGAAAUCCUCGAGUAUCGUCAAAUGCCGUCCAUCUCCAAAGGGAGGCACAAGCACGUCUUCCUUCUCUUCGACACAGAGGCAUGGAUGCGGGAAACGGACGCCCCGGAUCGCGGGAGGUUCGACGUCCACGAUUUUGUCACGCGUCACGAAUUUGGGGCGGCAGUCGCCGCCGUUUACUUCGAAUCUGAGACAGUCUGUUAGAAACCAGGCUGCCACGUGGCAAGCGGUUGCAAAGUGCCGCGGCCCGGGAAUUCGCUACUGGCCGUUGGAUCAAUCUGGGCCUCAACGGCCAGCAUUUUGUU